GCGCCGUGAAAGACAAAAGAUUCAUGCAAAAGUACUUUUUUUAUCAUAUCUCGUACAAUUUUUUAAAUUGUUGUAUUCCAACAAAGAGAUGAAAUUAUACUUUUAAAAAUACUUUAAAUGUAGUUCCCUCAGAUAACAGGGGAGCUUUUAAUUUAUUUCAUACUGCUCUGUAUAAUUAAGCCAUUAAGUUUAAGUGGGGUAACGUUUUUGUGGGUAAGUUAUACGAAAAAUGGGUCUGUUUUGCUUUGUUACUUUGUUUUUGUUGGAGGUGGUGUAAAUUACCUGCCAAAAUAGCCUGAUUUAUUUAUUGAUAGUAGGCCUAAUUACUAUUUAUUAUAAAUUAAUAGUAGGCUUCGGCUAUACUUAACUAUACUAUAUUAAUAAUAAUAGUAUUAAUUGGUCACUCACUAAUAUUAAUAACUAGUUAAUUAAUCAAAUUAUUAUUAAGCUCAAAUAAUUUUAGUUGAAUUGUAAAUGUCACAAAGAGCUGGAGGUCAGUAGUGUUGUGUUGCAAAUCAAUGAUGAGUGUAGCCUACUCUGAGUUAAUCUAUUCAAACUCAACUGGAACAAAUUGAUGGUAAGCAGUUUGAAAUUGUGCUUGUCACUUGUCAGCAGAUGUAUCAGAAAAUUUGAGCUGGAUUACCAAUUAAAUUAAUUUUAAAAUUUUACUUUAUUGAACCUAGCCAAAUCAUUAGUCGCACUUCAAAUUUUAUUUGAUUCACAACCUGUUCAGCCUGUUCAUCCUUACCGACAGUUAUGGUGUACUCUAUAGUCUAUACGUCUGUACCUACAUAUACUAUGAUACACAGAUAAACAAACCAGCAUUUAAAUAAGUAUAUAAUAUAACCAAUAUUAUAGUAAUAAAAUAUUUUAAAAUUAUUGAAUCAUUGUUAUUUUUUCUUUAAUACCUGUAGGCCUAUUUGAAAAUAGAGCACUGACAAGACUGAAAUUAAUAAAUGCUUCAACUUCUCCUAGGGACUAUCCUAUUAAUCUCACACAAAAACAAGGGACAAGAUGGUCAAGAAAAUUAAGAGCAGAACCCAGGGAAACCAACCCCAUGGUGACAAUGGCAAUUCGGCACAAUUCAAGCUGAGAAAGAUAUCUGGAUCUGCUGUCUCAAAAUGGAAGCCUGUGCCAUCUUCUUUACAAGAAUUAGUCAUGUCUUGGUUGGAAGAUUCUAUUCUUAAUACUUCUGGACAACGAACUCAAGCAGAAGAAAGAACAAUCAAGUCUAUCAGAAAAAAGUAAAUCUGAAAGAAAAAAAAAUAAGUUAUGAGUAUAACAAACAAAUGAAAAUGGUUAAUUAAAACCCAUUAUAGUGAUGGGACGAUACCAAAAUUUUUAAUGAUUCCAAUACGAUUCCGAUUCUACCCAAUUAUCCCGAUCGAUACGAUUCCGAUUCCUGGCCAUUACAUAUAUGUAUUACUGUGCCCAGGUAUUAACAUAUUUAAUUAAUAUAAAAGUUGAGAUUUGAUUAUAAAAGUUUAUUAACUUGCUAUUGAAUCUUUACAGUGUGAUAGAUAAAAAUGUCUUGGAAAGGUUUUAUAUAAACACAUCUAUCAAUAAUUCCCUUUUAAUAAUACAAAGAUGUAGCUAGUGUCUUUGAUAAAAAUUUCAAAUGUGUCUAUAAAAGUUCUAAACUUCCUGCCGAUAAUUAAAAAUCUAGGAACAAAAUAAAGAAUAUUAUUACGCGAAACAAACUUUGCACUGUCACCGGCUUACGGCAGUUAAUCAGUUAAGAAUCGUUUUGGUAUCGGAAUCGGGUCUGAAUUAUUCAGCUCCGAUUCCUGAUGCUUUGAAAAAAUCCCGAUAUUUUGAUUAUUCCGAUACGAUUCCGAUUAAUCGUCCCAUCACUAACCCAUUAUAUCAGUGAAAUCUUGUGAGGAGCAUUAAAUGAAUGCAUUUUUAAAAUUAAAAUUUUGCUAAUUUUACUUCUCUGGAAUAUCUUUAUGAUUUUUUACUUUUAAAAAGAUUCUGAUUACUUUUAUGAGGUUGCCAUUAAUAAAUUACUGAUUGUGUUUCAUUCUUUUAGUGUUGUGAAAAAUUUGUCUAAAUAAAAUGUUUAUUCUUAAAACGUCCUUUCCUUUAGUGUUGCGAAAAGACUGAGCUUAUUGAAAGUUCCAAAGGACAAAUGGCUUGAUGUCAAGUCUUUAAAAAAUACAAAGGUAACUCAGUUAUUUUAUUAAUGAUAUAAUUAGUAAGUUUAGUUAAUCUUGUAAAAAGUUUGUCACGCCGUUACCUGACAAUUACUCCUUAUUAUUGUUAGACAAUUUAAUAUGUUCAACUAGUCCAUAAGCUGGAUUUGGUCACAGACUUGACAGGGAUUGGUAAUAGGGACAGGUAUUGGUAAAAGUGAUAGGAAUGGGUGAUAUGGAUAGUUACAAGUAAUAAGUACCGGUACUGUGGUCAAGUGUUGGUUAAAGUUAUAGUGACAGGAAUGGGUAAUGUUGACAGCUAGCGUUAUCUUUACCAUUUGGCUAUUUAACCAAGUGGUGAAACAAGGAACACUUUCAUUUCUUUUCAAAGAUGUUUCUUUUUCUGCUAUGAGUGUCGUUUUUUUAUCUUCAGCACACCCUUGAGUCUACCAAGAAGCAGUUUGAUGAGGCUGAGGCCAAGCUUACAUCGGCAAUAGAGAUGGAAAUGAAGUAAUUCAUAGCCAUUUAUUAUUUGUCAUACUUCUAUGCUCAUCAUAGAAUAAUUUUAUUAUAAAUUUUUAAAUGGAAUUUCUCAAUUCUAUAAUAAUAAUAUUUACAAAAUGUUAUAGUAAAAAUUGUCAUCACUAUUGACACUAUAGCAAAAAAUGUCAAAUUUAAUAUAUUUUAUUUUUCUUAAAGUUGUUAAUUUUGCCUAUUUUUUUACCUGAAUUAUCUGUGUAAUGAUUUUUUUGCAGGGAAGUCCAGCUGUUGCAAGAUAAAGUUGAUAAAAUGAAGGAAGUGACUAAUGAUUGGGAUGAGCAGGUAUUCUAAGUUUAUGUCUUUUUUUAGUUAACUUGACGUAACCACAGUCUAUAGGUUUAAAUUUUUUAGAGGUCAUUUUUAAACAACUCCUUCAUAUUUAAGAAAGUUGAAAAUUUGGCGUUUUCAUCCUUUACAUUUUGACACUGCCUUGAAAGAAUAUUCUUUUUAUAAUUUCAAAUAAAUAAGGUGCUCUAUUCGUAAUUCACAAUAACAUUUCAUUGUACUGCCUUGUAUUUAGUUAGAUGUGACAUUUUAAAUUCAUAAAAUUUUCAUUCUUAUGGCAAUAUAUAGAUAAAAUGUGUUUAAAUGUACAUUUGUUUUACUUGUUGAUGAUCCACUUUGUAUUAGAGCAGUUGAAAUUAGGAGUUCUAUAUCUUGUGUUAUAGUAGAGCCAUUGAUAUAAGUAAUUAAAUGUUGUUAUUUUUCAGUGCAUUAAAUCCAACAAAAUUGUAACACAUGGAAAGAUGAAUAAACGAAUAAACUGAAACAAUUUAUAAGUGCUAACAACAUAGCCUAACACAGUUUUGAGUAUAAUUUUUUUUUCUUUAAAAAAGAUUACAUUAAACAAAUGUUCCAUUACAUUUCAUUUAAGAAAUUUUAGUAUUUUAAUAUUUUUUGUUAAUAAAUAACUCUGUUUUAAUUGAUUAAUUAUUUUAAUUAAUGUAUUUCAGCUUCAUCCCAUUCUCAGAGUCCCCUCGAUAUGAAGUAGAGUAAUACAGUUUAUCUUUUUUUUCUCCAUUAUAAGUUAUUCUUUAAAAAAUGUGUCAAUUAAAAAAACAAUUUAUUUAUAAGUUUUGAACAUUGUGUUUUCUGUUUUAAUUCUUUCUCAAUUGUACAUUUAUUCAUCUGAAUUUAUUGUAAAUAAUUGAAAAAUUUGUGCUGUCAAAGAUUUCAUUGCAUUGUAAAUAAAAUAUGAAAACCAUUAAACUUAUUUUCACUUGUGUAAUUUAUUUUGUUUAGGUUCAUAUAAAAAUGUGCAAAUAUUAGGGUUUGAACUGUGAAAUGGCUUGAGGAUAUAUAUAUGUGUAUGUAAAUUGUAAAUGGUCAUGAACUAUUUGUCCAUACAAAAGUGGACACCUGUAACCCUUGUGUAAAAGUAGACAUCUGCUACCUGACCAUACAAGUAGACAUCUUGCUACCUGACCAUACAAGAAGACAUCAUCUACCUGACCAUAGAAGUAGACAUCUGCUACCUGACCAUACAAGAAGACAUCAGCUACCUGACCAUAGAAGUAGACAUCUGCUACCUGACCAUACAAGAAGACAUCAGCUACCUGA